UUCAUACCCUAUAACACAGCAGAAACAUUAGAGAGCGAGCGCCCCGAUGACCAGGGAUGGCCUGUACCGAUAGCUGUUUACUGGAGAGUAGUCACCGCUUCUCACCAAUGUGCUGUGUGCUGAGCAAGAGACAAGUCGGAAGAGCUGAAGCGCGACCUGCUGUUUGCUUCCUCGGGUUUCACCGGAACAUUCAGGAGCCCCCUGCCCAGGAGACCGCCUCUAACUUCUGCUGGAGCGCCGUGGUCACAGGCUGACCUCUUCUGAUAGUACAGAAUGGGAUUUAAUUACGUCGACUUCUGCUCCUACUGGAGAAAUUUGACAUCUCCUCUGACCUGUUGGCAUAGAGGCACUGCCUUCCAGUUUGAUAUGAAAGAUCAUCCACAGGCUCCUGUUGUAUUCACUGACCUGGGCACACACGUGGUCCUAGUCACAAUGGCCACUAGGAUGGUGCAGUCCAUUAUUUCACUGGGCAGGAACGUCCUGCAGAAGCGAGCUUUGUAUUGGAAGAUACAUCCUCGCGCCUGUAUGAAACAGGUUUUCCGAGCAGUCGUGUGGGUGUGCUGGAGUGUUGUCGACCUUUUCUUACCAUUGUUGAUGACUACUGUGUACGUCUACAAGGAUCAGUCAAGGUUUAAGGACAUGUGUAAUACAGAGCAGCCCGUGAAUACAGUCACUAUAAAGUGUCACUGGGGAAGUCGGACUGAGCCAGCCAAAAAGAUGAUUGAAGAGUUGUGCAGUAUAAAGAUGGAGACCGUUCAAGAAGUUGCCAAGAUGGAGGUGGAUUGUAAACGCGAAAAGAUGGAAUCCACAGAGGUUCUUCUACCAUCUUGUACCAAUCCAGUCAUCCUGUCCAUGAUCUGCAUGCCCUUGGACUCCUCUGAGGAGUCUGAAGUGGACAGUAUUGAAGAGCUGGAAGAAGAUUGUUCCGAAGAAAUGUCUGUGGACAGUGGUAUGCAAGAGUCUUGGACUCCAAAGUCCAAGUGUGAAGAAGAUGAUGAAGAAAGUAAUUGGUCUGAUGAGGAUUCCUGGGAUGAAGAGAGUAAUCCAUCAUGCAAUGAAGAUGAAGACUUGUGGGCAUCUUUCUGUCACAGUGAUGAUCCAUACAAUCCUCUUUCUUUUGCUAUGCCUACAAGAAGUCCUGAGAUACCAAAGAAAGACACCCCCAUCAAAAGUCUGGAAACGCCCCAGAUUCUGGGUCAUUUGGACCUGACCAAAACAGAGUGUGUGACUGUUUCUGAGAAGCCUAAGAGAAGACUGUGUAAGAAGCCUGUGUUGUCUGGAUACAAGUCUUCUCACAAGUGCACGCCACUAAAGGAGUCACCUGAUGAAAGCGACCAGUGCACUAAGAAAGUGCGCUUCUCGCCCAAAGUCACAGUCCACCCUAUCAUCACCUGGAGCUUUGCUCACAGAAUGGCCCGGAAAGGCCCAUGGGAAGAAUAUGCCCGGGAUCGCAGCCGCUUCCAGAGACGGAUUGCUGAGACAGAGGGCGCCAUUAGCUUUUGUCUGGAGCCUCGUCACAGAGAAAAGAUCUGGAGCAGAUUACAAAACAAACAGAACUGAACUUCUUAUCUCAUGUUCUCUGCCAUCUCUCUUCUGCACUCCUCCCACCAAUGGGGGCAUCUGCCCUUAAUUUGCACUGGGUGCAGUUGGGAAGGUUUACUCGGCAGUGUUAUUCCAUUAGAUAUUUAUUUCAGUGACUAUUUGAAGGAUUUUGUUACUUUAACACUCCAUAUUCAUGAGCCAUAAAGUGCAUCACUGUUGUCUUCAAGGACAUUUCAUGGUGUUUAGUUGAUGCUUUCCUGCCAAAGUUACUGAGCAAAAGACUAUGUAAGGAACACAGGGUUAGUAAUAGCUGUAGAAGUGGCCUCUCCAUGAGCAACGACCCUACCUCACCCGGUUAUGAGUUACUGGGAGUACACGAAUAUUGCCUUCUCAAAUGGAGCCUGCUGCUUGGGACUUUGGUCAGAUUUUCCAAACCAUGACUGAUCAGAGUGUACUUGCAAAGUAAAACAUUGGGUGUAGGCUACCCUAAUACUGCAACACGCUGCAUUGGAUGUAGCUUUUUAAGCUGUGCUCAUAAAGUCCCAAAAACUGCAGCAAAUAACCUCUGUAUCUUGCUUUACCGACACUGUUCAUGUGUAGACCACAUGGCGGCUGUAACAGGUAAAUGCAGACUUUACUGUAUAUCUUGUUAAUUUGGGCAUCUUGUCAGGCCAUUAAGCCCAUGAAAUGAUGACCUGCUGCUUAACCUGGCACAAAGCAUGGUGGAGAGCCCAAUAGUUCUGGCAGCAUCACACAUGCAUGAUUGUACUGCCUAAAGACCUGUUCACAUGGUGGAUUUUAACAUUGCCAAUGUGGUUUUUGCUGCGGUUCCCUGCUGGUAGACUAGCUUCAUUGAAUGAAGCUAAAUCACAAGCGGACAUCUGUCGCAGCUGCCAAAGUUGGCUGCCCGCACACUGCCAAGAAGGGACAUGUCCCCUCUUGGCACGGUUGAAUCUUCAAAUCCCUGUCCUGUGAACUGCAGUGUUGCCUCCCAUUGAAAACAAUGAGGCAAAAACCAUGUAACUGCCGGUGUACGUACCAGAAUUCCGCUGGCAAAUUUAGCAGUUUGGACUAGACACUCUGAAAGUCGCCUUCCCACUUUUCUAUUCAAUACACAACACGUAGUAUUGACCGACUCUUGUGCAGUGCCCACUAGUGGGAAAGUUAAUAACCAGUUUCUCAGCAGUUACAGUAAAGUUUUGUCAUCCAUGUGAUUUUAUUUUGUAUUUAUUGAUCAUUUUGUUAAAAUUUUAACUUAUUUGCUUUUAAAGUUAAUAAAUACAUUUUAUUUCUUUA